AUGAUCGUGGUCCUUCAGUUCAUGGCUUUCCUCUUGGCGCUGGUAUCCACAGUCUUCCUCAUCGUGGCUACCUGGACAGACUGCUGGAUGGUUAACGCUGAUGAUGACCUGGAGGUGAGUCAGAAGUGCAGGGGACUGUGGUGGGAAUGUGUCACCAACACACAGGAUGGCAUUCGAACCUGCGACCAGUACGAGACCAUCCUUGCAGAACACCCAUUGAAGAUUGUACUGACCCGGGCCCUGAUGAUCACGGCAGACAUCUUGGCCAGCUUUGCUCUCAUCAUUCUGGUGCUGGGCCUGGACGUCAUCAAGCUGCUCCGCGAGGAGCCGCACAUCAAGCUCAGGAUAUGCUAUUUUGCAGGGUUUAUUUUCGGACUGGGAGGGAUUCCAGGGAUGAUUGGAUCAGUAUGGUACGCAGUUGAUGUGUAUGUGGAGAGAGCGACCCUCGUUCUUAAGAAUGUCUAUUUAGGAAUGCACUACGAGUUUGGCUGGUCCUGUUGGCUAGCAAUGGCUGGUUCUACUGGAUGCUUUCUGGCCUCCAUAGUACUAACUUGCUGCCUGUAUAUUUUUAGAGGUGAGGAAACAUGUUGA